GUAACAGUGUCGUAGAAAUAAAGCGCGUGACGUCAUUACGUCAGCUGAAGAUGCGUCAUCGCGCUCUCCGCCCUCCUCGGAGAAAGCGCACAUUCCUAUUGUCCAAGAUGGCGGCGUAGCUGCAGACCCUCCGAGGCUGACAUGUUUCUAACCAAGUUAAUGCUUUUAUUCGGACGUUUAUGCAAUUAUCCAACGGUUGGCUCGGUAGCGUUUCUUUACCGGAGCCCUCGGCUGCCACAUCGGUGUCGCUAACGCUCCCUGACCACGUCGCCGAGGUCGGAUUCCCGUCGCGGGCGCCGAAAAGUUUGAGCUCCAUCAUCCCGUGAAGAUGAAGAGGCAGGCCGGGAGGGAUACGAGUCCGUCCAGGGCCGUCACCAAACGGACACGGGACCGGGAGAGCUCUCGGAGGGAGGAGCUUCAGCCUCCUCCGCCGCCCCCGCCGCCGCUGGCUCUGCUGCUUGCGGAAAGCCGCGGCUACCACCGCAGGAGCCGGAGCCGGGAGCGCGACAAGCCGCGGCUGCGGGAGGAGCGCGCCGCCGCGCUGGAGCUCCACCACCGGCACGAGCUCAGCCUCCUCGGGCGUCCGCCGCUGCGCACCACCGCCUCCACCACCUCCUCCACCUCCGCGGAGCAGCAGCUGCCCGCCGCCAGGCCGGGCACGCUGGAGUACAAGACGCUGCUCAUCAGCAACCUGGGCUCGCAGGUGUCCGACGAGGACGUGGAGGACGCGCUGUUUCACGAGUUCAAGAAAUUCGGUGACGUCAGCGUGAAGCUGUCGCACACGCCGGAGCUGGGCCGCAUUGCCUACGUAAACUUCCGGCACCCGGAGGACGCCAAGGAGGCCCGGCACGCAAAAUCCUCCCGCCUGGUGCUGGGCGACCGGCAGCUGAAGAUCGAACCCAUGUACGUGAGGAGGCGCAGCGUGACGCCGCCGGACGUCGGGUACCUACCGCUGCACGCGCCGCUCCACGCGCCGUACCCGUACCGGCAGCGCUCGCUCUCCCCCCCCACGGGCCCCGGCGGCGCGGGCGGCAUACGGGACCUCCGGGCGCGCCACUACGCCCUGGAGACGCUGGGGCUCAGCAGGGAGAGAGAGAGGAUUCUGGAUUACUACGGGAUGCUGGACGAGCGGGGGCGGCCUUAUGGGUUCCCCCCCAUGCCGGUAGUGGAGGACCUGAAGCCUGAGGACGACCAACGGGCCACCAGCAACCUCUUCAUCGGCAACCUGGACGGCAACGUGACCGAGGCCGAGCUGAGGAGGGGCUUCGACAAGUACGGCGUCAUCGAAGACGUGGUGAUCAAACGCCCGGCCCGGGGUCAGGGGGGCGCGUACGCCUUUGUGAAGUUUCAGAACCUGGACAUGGCGCACCGGGCCAAAGUGGCCAUGCAGGGACGGCUGAUGGGGGGCAACCCGAUCAAGAUCGGCUACGGGAAGGCCAACCCCACCACGCGGCUUUGGGUUGGCGGCCUCGGGUCCGGGAACUCCCUCGCCGCCCUGGCCCGGGAGUUUGAUCGGUUCGGGAGCAUCAGGAACAUCGACUAUGUGAAGGGGGACAGUUUCGCUUACAUUCAGUACGAGAGCUUGGAUGCCUCCCAGGCCGCGUGCACCCAGAUGAGGGGGUUCCCCCUGGGGGGCCCCGAACGGCGCCUGAGGGUGGACUUUGCCAAAGUGGAGGAAAGUCCCUCUCGGGUAUUUCCCACCGGCUACCAGCCCCCCGUGGUGGCCCCCUCCCACUACGACCUCAUCGGCGAGGCCUACAGCCGCCACCGCAGCCUGGAGCGAGAGCUGAGGGGAGCCAGGGACCGCUCCACCCCCCCGCCACCCUCGGCGGCCCUCGGUCUCCUCAUCCCGCGGGAGAGGGAGCGGGCGCUGCUGGAGAGGGAGUACACCGCCAGCCCCACCCGCAGCCUGGAGAGGAGGGCAGGGGCCGUGGAGGCCUUCGGGCGGAGCGGGCGGGCGGCGCGGAGCCGCAGCCGGAGCAGGGAGCGCUGGCUGAAGGAGCGCGAGGAGAGGCGGAGCCGCAGGAGGAGCAGGAGCGCCUCCACUGACCGUCUGACGGAAGAGAGGGAGAAAGAGCGGGGGAAGGAGCGGGGGAGGUCGAGGGUCCGAGCGCAGGCAGGCGCCGCCUCACCCGAGGCCAGCCCGGACCGGGCGAGGGUCCGUGCCCCCGAUUCUACCACCGAGCCCAGGGACCACUCCCCCGAGAACGGAGGGGGUGGGCGACGCGUCGCCACCAACGAAGAAGACCAGCUGCCCAGCCGCCACCACAGCAAAAGGUCCAACGAGCACCUCAACAACCAUCACCACAGAAACAGCGACAACGCCGCGUCUUCCCCCGCCGCCGCCAACACCCCCGCCGCCCACUCGGACGCCGGCGGCGCCGCCUCCCCCCCCAGCACGCUCUCAGAGUUCGCCCAGGCCUCGCUCGUCAAUUCGUGGCACGGCUUCUUUGCCCUGAAGAACAGCAGCUUCCCCACCACGCUGUACCUGCUGGAGGGCGGCCCCGCCUUCUUCGGCGCCGUGAUGCGCGACACGCUGAAGCCGCCCGGCCAGAACCGGCUGAAGAUCGCCCAGCGGCUCCGCAUGGACCAGACGCGGCUGGACGAGGUGUCGCGCCGCGUCAAGCUGGGCCGGCCAGACGGCUACGCCGUGCUGCUCGCCCUGCAGGGGCCCGUUGACCGGCAGGGCGCCGCCCCGCCGCUGGAGCCGGGCCUGCAGGCGCGCCUGCUCCGCCACCUGGUGACCUACCUGCGCAACAAGGAGGCGGCCGGCGUGGUCAGCCUGCCGGGCGCCAAGGAAGGCGGGCCCGGCGCUAUGCUGUACGCCUUCCCCCCCGGGGCCUUCUCGCAGCAGUACCUGCAGGCCGCCAAGAGGAUUGUUGGUAAUCUGGACGAGGAACACAUGGUCAUCGUCAUCGUCAAUGACACUAACUAAGGCUUUGAUAGCGGGCCCCUCCCGACUGGUUUUUAGAAGCAUGCGUUACGUGGUUUUAUUCCGUGGGUUUAUGAAAGAAACGCGACCCUGUGUCCGGACUCAUUUUAAAGGAUCUUAAACGCUUUUAUACUUAUACGUACAACACUAAACCUUUUAAAUGCUUGUUGACUUUAUUUUUUUCCGUUCUGUGUAUCUGAAAUAUAUAGGUUUGUGUGUGUGUGUGAAUGUGUGUGUUCAUAUAAUUACACACUGAGGUUUUUAUACAACGUGAUUGUAUGAACUGUGCUCUACCGGCAUCAAAAAAGAAACCUAAAGGGUGGAUUUCACUCAACCCGUCCCCGCGACUGUAUACUUCACAAGCUAGGUGUGUUUUUAGUUUUUAUCAAUUGAACCAUUCCAGAUGUUAGUGUCUAUCUCUAAGGUGUGUGUGAGUGUGAGAGAGCAAGGGAUGUGUAGAAGUGUGUGAGGUUCUUCUCCACUCACAAAACCAUUAUUUUGACAGAACAAGAGCUGAUGGUCUACAGCCUCCGUUGGUAAGUCCUAAUGUGUGUUUUUAAGUUUAUGGGGUUGGUUCAGAUUCACUGCUAAAUAUUUUUGUUAAAGCUGUUGUGGUUUUAAAGCGGAUGAAAAUAUUUCAAAUACAGAGUACAUUUAUUACUCUUUUAUUUGUCUGAAAUGAGUUGAGUUUGAGUUAGUUUCUCCAUUUUCCAUCCUGAGAACCUCACCCACUCCCUAAACACGUCGCCACUGUCCUUUUUUUUAAAAGCAAGCAUCUCCCAAACCUGAAAAGCUGUACAGAUGUUCAAACACAAUGCGGGUAAUUUCAUUCAAACAUCUUUACUCAUUCCCCCAAAAGUCUUUCAUAGAAAUGUUGUUCUUUCUAAUCUCUCGGUAGGUUUUUAACUUCAACGAUAAAGUGUUUUGUUUAUACUUUAAUUACUACAACAAUUACAACAACACUCCCAUUCGGAUAAGAAUGAAUGAAGAAAAUAAAUAGAAAAGCUGGAAAUGCUACGUGCUUCUUGAACUAAAUGAGAAUGUAUGGUGUGGAAGACGAGUGACGCCUACAUGUGAUGUUGUUUACUACAUUUGUUGGUUGUGUUUUUUGUUUUUUUUUAGAAGCUUGGUUGGCUCUGUAAAAAAAGUUUGUUUUGUAUCCAACUGCACCAGAACAAAACAUUUAAGUGAUGAGAAGAAUAAAGAAGAAUUGUACUGAAGUUUAA